AAUACUGCACAGUAGCCCCGCACUUUGAGGCAUUCACCGCAGCUGACUGACAUCUGUCCCGAGCCAGCCAUCCCGAAGCCUCCACUGUCAGCGCCAUGAACGGAAGCACGGUCCUCGUUUUCUGCCUCAUCCUGCUGAGUCUGAGUGGGACACAGGGAAUCCCUCUCUCACGAACAGUCCGCUGCUCCUGCAUCAAGAUUGAUGACCGGCCUGUAAAACCCAGGGCCAUAGGAAAACUGGAGAUUAUUCCUGCAAGUCAAUCUUGUCCACGUGUUGAGAUCAUCGCCACAAUGAAAAGGACUGAAGAGAAGCGGUGUCUGAAUCCAGAAUCUGAGGCCAUCAAGAGUUUAGUGAAAGCAGUUAGCAAAAAAAGGUCUAAAAGAGCUCCUUAAGACAGAAGCCAAUCACCACAGUGCUGUGACCGACAGACAGACAGACGGCCAAGAGCCCGUCUCCAUCACUUCCCUUCACACCGUGUGUGGCUAGCCUUAAUUGUCCCUGGUUCUCCCUGAAAGGUGACCAACCAUGGUCACAUCAGCUGCUAUUCCUAGUGACAUCAGGACGAUGGACAGUUCAUCGUCCUGAGACAAGAGCAACUCCAGUAACGAGAGUUCCCUAAGAGUUGGUCCCGAGUUCUCACACAAACCACUGCAAUGGCUCUCCCGGCGCUGUACCAUAAGCUACGCUGAGGUGCUACACUCUUAGCCUUGUGCCAAGCCCUGCCUGCUGCUCCUCUCACCCUCCUCGUCCUCCCUGUCUUAAGGUGUGUUAGGAGAUCUCUUGGAUCUGAGUUACCUGGGUUCUUUGAUUUCAAACACAGUCACAGUAAGACUCCCACCGGCCUGCUCCUGAGGCCAUGCUUUAUCUCAUGGCUUACUGCCGUCUUCCCAAGGGACCCUCGUAACUCAAAGUACUGACAGGAAGCUAGAAUGUAUAGAAAUGUAUGUAUACAUAUUAUUUAAUGAACAACUGUUCCAGAUGUAUGGUUUUUGUACAAUUUUCAUUGUAUAUGGAAGAACUUUUGUAACUGACUACACAUAUCAAUGAGUAAUUAGAGAAGUUUAUACAGACAAGAGGUUUUGAAUGUUACAUAACACAAAAGGUGUUGGUUUUCAAAAUAAAAAAUGUACUGUACUGAAAAUAUUGAGACCAAAAGGUAAUAAAGUAAAAUAGCUAAUCGGAAA